AUUGUAUCUUACAAUCCCAUGACCCUGGGAAUGUUCACCCUGAUGUAUUUCUUUCUGGCCUGUUGGACCUAUGGGCUCACCGUGUCGACAGGUGUCUUCAUCCCUUCCCUGUUGAUUGGAGCUGCCUGGGGACGACUCUUUGGCAUAUCGUUGGCCUACCUGACUAGUGGAGCGAUCUGGGCCGACCCCGGGAAAUACGCUCUGAUGGGGGCCGCAGCGCAGCUGGGGGGGAUAGUGAGAAUGACCCUGAGCCUGACCGUCAUCAUGAUGGAAGCGACGGGCAACGUCACCUACGGAUUCCCCAUCAUGUUGGCGCUGAUGACCGCUAAGAUCGUGGGCGACUACUUCGUGGAGGGUCUGUAUGACAUGCACAUCCAGCUGCAGAGCGUUCCUUUCCUGCACUGGGAGGCUCCAGUGACGUCUCACUCCCUCACUGCCAGGGAGGUGAUGAGCGCGCCCGUGACCUGCCUAAGGAGGAUUGAGAAGGUGGGGACGGUCGUGGACAUCCUCAGCGACACAUCGUCCAACCACAACGGCUUUCCCGUGGUAGAGAGCAGCCCGGACCCCACGCAGUUGGCGGGACUGCGAGGCCUGACCCUGCGCUCCCAAUUGAUUGUUCUCCUGAAGCACAAGGUCUUUGUGGAAAGAGCUAACCUGACCCUGGUUCAGAGGCGGCUGAAGCUGAAGGAUUUCCGGGAUGCCUACCCCCGCUUCCCCCCCAUCCAGUCCAUUCACGUCUCCCAGGACGAGCGCGAAUGCAUGAUGGACCUGACUGAGUUCAUGAACCCGUCACCCUACACGGUGCCCCAGGAGGCAUCUCUGCCAAGGGUCUUCAAGCUGUUCCGGGCGCUGGGCCUGCGGCACUUGGUGGUGGUGGAUAAUCACAAUGAGGUGGUCGGGCUGGUGACCAGGAAGGAUCUGGCGAGAUACCGACUAGUGGCCCGUGCUUUUUGAACCUUGGUUUAAUUCCCCUCCCCCUCCUGAGCUG